AUGGCUGCAGUCUUCCGGGCAUCCCUGUUCCUGACUUUCACCCUGCUCUGCCUGCCCUGGCUUCGAAAGGCCGGUGCCAUCCCAACAGUGCCCUCAUCCUCGCUUUAUGACUCUGCGAUGACCCGUGCCUAUCGCCUGAGCCUGAUGGCCUUUGAAAUCUACCAGAGUUUUGAAGAAGCUCGUACCCCGACGGAAGAGAGGGAUUUCUGCCGGUAUAAAACCAGGACCUCCAUUUGCUUCUCAGAAUCUAUCCCAACACCCGCUCACAGAGAGGAAACUCUGCAGAAAUCUAACCUAGAGCUGCUCCGCAACUCCCAGCAGCUCAUCCAGCUACCUUUUCAGAGGCUGGAAGAUGGCAGCCCCUGGAAUGGGGAGAUCUUCAGGCAGACCUACAGGAAGUUUGACAUAAACUCACAGAAUGAUGACGCAUUGCUCAAGAACUAUGGGCUGCUCUACUGCUUCCGGAGGGACAUGGACAAGGUCGAGACAUUCCUGCGCAUUGUGCAGUGCCGUUCUUUGGAGGGCAGCUGUGGCUUCUAG